CCGGAAGUGCCCAGUUGUUGGCUUGCGCCUCCGCCCGGCGUUUCCGGGAGGGAGGGAAGGAGCCGGGUGUCCCUCGGGGGCCGCGCUGGGUACCCGGCUCUGCGGUUCCUCGCCCAGCGUUCGGCGCCGAGGGAGGGGCCCGAGCGCGCGGCGCCCAGCUCGCGGCGCCCACGUUCGAGCCGGGCCUCCCUGGGCUGUGGCGGAGCCCGAGACACGAGCAAAGGAGGAGCGCUCUGGGCCCGGACCCGCCGCCAUGGUGCAGAUGGAGACGCAGCUGCAGAGCAUUUUUGAGGAGGUCGUGAAAACAGAAAUCAUAGAAGAGGCCUUUCCAGGCAUGUUUAUGGAUACACCAGAAGAUGAAAAAACAAAACUUAUCAGCUGUUUGGGAGCUUUCAGGCAGUUUUGGGGUAGUCUUUCACAGGAGUCUCAUGAGCAGUGCAUCCAAUGGAUUGUUCGGUUCAUUCAUAGCCAACACAGCCCUAAGAGAAUAUCUUUUCUUUAUGAUUGCCUAGGAAUGGCAGUAGAAACUGGUCUUCUUCCACCCAGAAUGGUUUGUGAAUCCCUGAUAAACUCUGAUACGCUUGAAUGGGAAAGAACACAACUUUGGGCAUUGACAUUUAAACUGGUUCGGAAAAUAAUUGGUGGUGUGGAUUACAAGGGUGUACGAGAUCUCUUAAAAGUGAUUUUGGAGAAAAUCUUAACAAUACCCAAUACUGUGAGCUCAGCUGUGGUACAGCAACUUCUAGCAGCAAGAGAGGUUAUAGCAUAUAUUUUGGAACGAAAUGCCUGUUUACUACCAGCCUAUUUUGCAGUUACUGAGAUCAGAAAAUUAUAUCCUGAGGGGAAACUUCCACAUUGGUUACUAGGCAACCUUGUAUCAGACUUUGUGGAUACCUUCAGGCCCACAGCAAGGAUAAACUCCAUUUGUGGGCGCUGUAGUCUUCUGCCAGUGGUAAAUAACUCUGGUGCCAUUUGUAAUUCCUGGAAAUUGGAUCCUACAACGCUUCGUUUUCCUUUGAAAGGCCUUUUACCAUAUGAUAAGGAUCUGUUUGAACCUCAGACUGCUUUAUUGAGAUAUGUAUUGGAGCAACCUUAUUCCAGAGAUAUGGUCUGCAAUAUGCUAGGUUUAAAUAAGCAGACCUUGAACAUUGCUCAGCACAAACAGCGCUGCCCAGUGCUGGAGGACCAGUUGGUGGAUCUGGUUGUUUAUGCCAUGGAACGUUCAGAGACUGAGGAGAAAUUUGAUGAUGGGGGAACCAGUCAGCUUCUGUGGCAGCACCUCUCAAGCCAGCUCAUAUUUUUUGUACUUUUCCAAUUUGCAAGUUUUCCUCACAUGGUCUUAUCUCUUCAUCAAAAGUUAGCAGGGCGAGGUCUUAUUAAAGGCAGAGACCAUUUAAUGUGGGUACUGCUACAAUUCAUUUCUGGAAGUAUUCAGAAAAAUGCAUUAGCUGAUUUUCUCCCUGUUAUGAAGCUCUUUGAUCUUCUUUAUCCAGAAAAAGAGUGUAUUCCUGUGCCAAAUAUUAACAAACCCCAGUCAACCCAUGCUUUUGCAAUGACAUGUAUUUGGAUACAUCUAAACAGGAAGGCUCAAAAUGACAACUCCAAACUACAGAUUCCUAUACCUCACUCCCUAAAACUUCACCAUGAGUUCUUGCAACAAAGUCUUCGAAAUAAAAAUUUACAGAUGAAUGAUUAUAAGAUUGCUCUGUUGUGUAAUGCAUACUCUACAAAUUCAGAAUGUUUCACGUUACCUAUGGGAGUACUAGUAGAGACUAUUUAUGGCAAUGGAAAUAUGAGAAUCUCUCUUCCUGGAAUUAAUUGCAUGGCAUCAGGAUCUAUCACCCCCUUACCAAUGAAUCUAUUGGAUUCCCUUACAGUGCAUGCUAAAAUGAGCUUAAUUCACAGCAUCGCUACCAGGGUAAUAAAACUGGCACAUGCAAAAUCCAGUGUGGCACUGGCCCCAGCUCUAGUAGAAACCUACAGUCGUCUACUGGUUUAUAUGGAAAUAGAAUCCUUGGGCAUUAAAGGAUUUAUUAGUCAGCUCUUGCCUACAGUUUUCAAAUCUCAUGCUUGGGGAAUUUUACACACACUCCUGGAGAUGUUCAGCUACCGUAUGCACCACAUCCAGCCUCAUUAUCGAGUUCAACUACUGAGCCAUCUUCAUUCUUUAGCUGCUGUUUCCCAAACCAAUCAAAACCAACUCCAUCUCUGUGUUGAGAGCACAGCUCUAAGACUCAUAACAGCACUUGGCAGUUCUGAAGUGCAACCACAGUUUACUCGUUUCCUUAGUGACCCCAAAACUGUGCUUUCAGCUGAAUCUGAAGAAUUGAACCGGGCCUUAAUUUUGACCUUAGCCAGAGCAACUCAUGUGACAGAUUUUUUUACAGGCUCUGAUUCAAUUCAGGGGACUUGGUGCAAGGAUAUACUUCAGACAAUCAUGAGCUUUACACCUCAUAAUUGGGCUUCUCAUACUCUUAGCUGCUUUCCAGCUCCUUUGCAGGCAUUCUUCAAGCAAAAUAAUGUACCUCAAGAAAGUCGUUUUAAUCUGAAAAAGAAUGUGGAGGAAGAAUACAGAAAGUGGAAGUCUAUGACCAAUGAAAAUGACAUCAUUACUCACUUCUUCUCUAUGCAAAGUCCUCCUCCUCUCUUCCUUUGCCUCCUUUGGAAGAUGCUCUUGGAAACAGAUCACAUUAAUCAAAUUGGCUAUAGAGUACUGGAGAGAAUUGGAGCCCGAGCCUUGGUAGCUCAUGUCAGAACAUUUGCAGAUUUCCUGGUAUAUGAGUUCUCUACAUCAGCUGGAGGUCAGCAACUCAACAAAUGCAUUGAGAUCCUCAAUGAUAUGGUAUGGAAGUACAACAUUGUUACACUGGACCGGUUAAUUCUUUGUCUUGCCAUGCGUAGUCAUGAAGGAAAUGAAGCUCAGGUUUGUUAUUUCAUAAUUCAAUUGCUGUUGCUGAAGCCAAAUGAUUUUAGAAAUCGAGUAAGUGAUUUUGUGAAAGAGAACUCACCAGAGCACUGGCUGCAGAAUGACUGGCAUACCAAGCAUAUGAAUUAUCACAAGAAAUAUCCUGAGAAGCUGUAUUUUGAGGGCCUAGCAGAACAGGUCAAUCCUCCCGUGCAGAUCCAGCUUCCCUAUCUUCCAAUCUACUUUGGAAAUGUGUGUCUCCGAUUCCUGCCUGUAUUUGAUAUAGUUAUCCACAGAUUUUUGGAAUUGCUGCCAGUAUCCAAAUCACUGGAGACUCUUCUAGAUCACUUGGGAGGCUUAUACAAGUUUCAUGACCGUCCAGUAACUUACUUGUAUAAUACGCUGCAUUACUAUGAAAUGCAUCUAAGAGAGCGCCCAACCCUCAAACGGAAGCUUGUCCAUGCUAUCAUUGGCUCACUAAAAGAUAAUCGGCCACAGGGCUGGUGUUUAAGUGAUACAUAUAUCAAAAAUGCUAUGAAUACACGAGAAGAGAACCCUUGGAUCCCAGAGGAUUCUUAUUAUUGCAGACUUAUUGGCAGACUAGUCGAUACUAUGGCUGGUAAAUCUCCUGGUCCAUUUCCAAACUGUGACUGGAGAUUCAAUGAGUUUCCCAAUCCAGCUGCCCAUGCUCUUCAUGUUACAUGUGUGGAGUUAAUGGCUUUGGAUGUUCCAGGAAAGGAUGUGGGGAAUGCCCUUCUAAAUGUUGUCCUGAAAAGUCAGCCUUUAGUACGAAGAGAGAAUAUUACCGCUUGGAUGAAUGCAAUUGGAUUGAUCAUCACUGCGUUACCAGAGCCAUAUUGGAUUGUCCUUCAUGAUCGAAUUGUGAGUGUUAUUAACAGCCCAAGCUUCAUUUCUGAGACUGAAUGGGUUGGAUACCCGUUUCAACUGUUUGACUUUACUGCUUGUCACCAGUCCUAUUCUGAGAUGAGCUGCAGCUACACUUUGGCUUUGGCACAUGCUGUGUGGCAUCAUUCUAGCAUUGGACAACUUUCUCUCAUCCCCAAGUUCCUCACUGAAGCACUCCUUCCCAUAGUAAAGACUGAAUUCCAGUUACUUUAUGUGUACCACCUUGUAGGACCUUUUUUACAAAGAUUUCAGCAAGAGAGAACUCGGUGCAUGAUAGAGAUUGGAGUGGCGUUUUAUGAUAUGCUUCUGAAUGUAGACCAGUGUAGCACCCACUUACACUACAUGGAUCCCAUCUGUGAUUUUUUAUAUCAUAUGAAGUAUAUGUUUACUGGUGACAGUGUGAAAGAUCAGGUAGAGAAGAUUAUCUGCAAUUUAAGACCAGCUUUAAAACUCAGACUGCGAUUCAUAACACAUAUCAGCAAAAUGGAACCUGCAGUACCUCCACAAACCAUAAACAGUGGAUCUCCAGCACCUCAGUCCACUCAGGUGACAGUCAGUGUGGCUUUACCAGUAACUCAGUAAAGCCAUUCAUUGCUCCAUUAUGAAAGUUAAAGCACUGAUUACUUCGGAAAUGAUGACAAAAACCCAAUUGGUAUGAACUCUUUUCUGCUGCAUGGCGUCAUACACAUGGUGGAUCUACUGGAUAUCUAUCAUUACCACCUCCUAUCUGGAUUUAUCUCAAGAGAAUAGAAUAGUCUUAUGCUAUCCAGAAGAAUUUAUGUAUGAGUGAUACUCUGGGAACAUAGCGGUGGUAAUGAUCAGUUGAAUUUUAUUUAUUAGGUUCUUCACUUAUUUCCUUUUUUUUAUUUUUGGUGACAAUUUUCAAACUUGGAUUUUCUUAUGGUAUCCAACAGUAAAACAUUUAGAGUUGGAUCAAAUGAAUUAUUUAUAAAGCACUCAGCAUAGUACCUGGAACAUAGUAGACAGUAUAAGUAUAUAAAUACUCCCUUCUUUCCCCUUAGUCCUCUUCUUUUAAACUAGUUUAAUUGGUAACUGUAUAAUUUCCUUUUUUGGUGAAAGAAGGAUAACAGAAUUUUUUACUCUUUAUUUUUUAAAAAAGAUCAUUGUAAAUUUCCAUUCGCUUAUUCAACUAUUUCCAAUAAAGAAAAUAAAUUGACAAUAAUUUUAUGAUUGGAAGAUACCAAAGAGAAUAAAAUUUAAUAGGUUCUGAACACUGCAGAGAAAAUCAUGUUUCAAAGAGGACUAAUUCUUGCUUUUUAAGUUCAAGGUUGAUCUACACAACUGGAUAAUGAUAUGAUUCUACGCCUAGUCUUAACCAAAUUUUUAUAAUGUUGAAACCUUUAUAUUUGUAUAAUGAAAAAUUUUGUGGGAUUUUGUGCUGUAUAUGGUUUAAUUUGGACGUGCAAACAACAAAACCAAUACUUGUAAGAAGUGUAAAAUAUUGUUUUAAUUAAAUAAAUUUUAUUAAUAUUA